GUUCCUACAUAGGUGUGUUACAAUAAAACAAAUUCACGAGCGCCUCAGAAGGUCUGUCAGACCAUUUAGCAAAACUGACUCUGCUCUCUCGUCUAGCCUAUGCACGUUGUCAUACUUCAUGCAUUUCGGUUCAGUGACUUUUCCCACACUAGAUAACUGCUAUAGUCUAUUUAUAUACAUGCGCCUUAGUCUUCCUUCGACGUAAAAAAACAAAAACGCAACGAACGUGCAUGUUGAGAUGGACGUGUCUGGCCACAGUCUGUUCCUUCUGCAGCAGUUGAACGUCCAAAGGGAGUUUGGCUUUCUGUGUGACUGCACUGUUGCCAUUGGUAACGUAUACUUCAAGGCUCAUCGUGCAGUCCUUGCUGCCUUCUCAAACUACUUCAAAAUGAUCUUCAUCCACCAGUCCAGUGAGUGCAUUAAGAUCCAGCCCACAGAUAUUCAACCAGAUGUCUUCAGCUACCUGUUACACAUCAUGUACACAGGCAUGGGUCCCAAACAACCCGUAGACCAGGGCAGACUUCAAGAAGGUAUCAAGUUCCUCCAUGCAUACCAGCUCUGCCACAAAACAGGUGAGGGUGGCCCUGAUGCAUCCUCUGAACCCAUCCGUAUGUCCAACCUGUAUGGCAUCCAGAUCUCUUCACAGUUGGCCAGUAAAGAGAACUCGGGCCUGAAGGCUGGUGGUUCACGGGACCCUGAGGAUGGCCGCUCCAGCACUAGGGCUGAUCGCACACAUGGCCGUUUAGCUCUCGCUGUAGGGCUGGAGGGAAUUACAUCUGAACAACAGCCUCAAAGCUUCCGUGCCGCAUCCUCAGUGGCCUCGGGGGAUGACUCUGACAUUUCGGCACGGAUAAAACAGGAAAGAGCAGAGGAGGAAGAACAGGAAGGUGACAAAGAGCCUUGCUCUCUCUCCCCAGCUCAGGUGAGCCCCUGUCAAACAGGUCUAUUUAAAGAUGGCCCUCUAGCCCUUUUAUGCCCCCGGUGCGGUGAACGCUGUCUGUCACCUGAAGGCCUACAAGAGCACCUAUUUACCCAUGCAGCCUGUGCCCUCGAACCUAGUGGUCUAAUGGAAGGCCCUUCAGAGGACAAAACCGGGGAGCAGAAGUCCCUAGAGGAGAGGCCUCCUCACAAUGAGCGCAUAGACUCUGGCAGUCUGGAGGAGGCCUUACGGCAGAGUCAGGUCCUGGCAGAUGAGCUGGCCGUGGAACUCAGACGAGGUAGUGGGACUGGAUGGAGCGGCAGCCCAUUGGCAGCCUUCAAACGAAAACGAAAGAUGGCCUGUGCCGUCUGCAACCUUCGCUUCUCGCAGAAGAGCCAGCUGCAGGAGCACAUGUUCGCACAUGUGGGCAAGCCACUGCGAUACCAUCGCUACAGCCGCUUCUGCGGGCAGGUGCUCCAUGGCUGUGAGGGCCAGCCUGAUAUUACCACAACCACAGGAGAGGAGGCAGCCAAGGACACUCAGGAUAACGGCAGUUCCUGCUACUCACUGGACUCUGAGGUGUCUCAGGAGAGUGUGGACGCAGUGACUGUGGAAUGAUGUAGUGUUUGACAUAUAGUCAUGCAAACACACAAUGACUGUUAAAUGAAUAUUCUGGAUUUAGUACAAGUUAAGCUCAGUCAACAUUUGUUGAUUACAACAAAAAUUAAUUUCCACCUGUCCCUGCUUUUCUUUUCUUUU